AUGAAUAUUGCAAAGGCACUGGUCAUCGCGUCUCUGCUGCUGCUCGGUCUCACCGGUUACCAGGCGAUGCAGUAUCGGGAGACACUCAGACUGGAGCAGCUGGAGUUCACGGGGCUGCCGGGAAGCCUCUUGCUGAACCUUGUGGUGGCAGCCGUGAUCGGUCUGGUCGGUGGUGUACAGUAUUGGGGCAAUUUCAGCCCGAUCCGCCUAGCUGAUAACCCAAGGCCCAUCCACUUGAGACCCUUGCGACCUGAAUUUAUGGCGUUCACCCACAGGGGUGAAGUGCUCUCAUCCCUCCCUCACAUAAGGGCUGCGGCGUCUGUGCCCACAAUACGCUGA